AAUGGCGGCGGCGGUGUGAAGCUCGUUGCCGGCUCGCGGACGAAUGUGACAAUUUCGUUGCUGUCGCUGACAAGAACCAAGGAACCCAAUCACUUGAGCCAUCACUACUACCUUCCAGGGUCUGUAUAAGCAACCAGCUGGAAUCAGGAGCUGGAGCCAAGUAUUCCAAUAUGGAAAAAAACCCAGAAAGCAAUAUGGAACAGAUAGCAAAUGAAGAUUCAAUGGAUGUGAAGAAGGAGAAUCAAGAGGAUAUUCCUCAUUCAAGCACAUCUUCUGUGCAAAAUGAUGAUUUCCACUGGGACCAGUACUUGAAGGCGACAGGAUCUUUAAGUGCUCCUUCAGAUUACUUCAGACAGUCUAAAAUUCCACCGGCUAAUGACUUCAAAGUUGGUAUGAAAUUGGAAGCUCGUGAUCCUCGCAAUGUUACUUCCGUAUGCAUUGCUACGGUUAUUGGAAUUACUGGGGCGAGAUUACGUUUACGCCUCGACGGUAGUGACAAUAGAAACGACUUUUGGAGGCUUGUCGAUUCCUGUGACAUACAACCUGUUGGGACAUGUGAGAAGGAAGGAGAUUUACUUCAGCCUCCACUAGGAUUUCAGAUGAAUGCAUCAUCUUGGCCUAUGUUCCUGUUACGAACCCUAAGUGGAUCUGAAAUGGCACCUGCAGCAUUCUUCAAAAAGGAACCCCCAAAGCCACCCCUUAAUAAUUUUAAAGUGGGGAUGAAGCUCGAGGCUGUUGACAAAAAGAACCCAUUUCUCAUUUGUCCUGCUACAAUCGGGGGUGUUAGAGGAGAUGAAGUUCACAUCACAUUUGAUGGCUGGAGUGGAGCAUUUGAUUACUGGUGCAAAUAUGACUCUCGGGAUCUUUUUCCAGUUGGAUGGUGUUGCCUGACAGGAGAUAUAUUACAGCCACUAGGAAAUGGUGUUCCUGUUGUAAAGAACACAGCAAAAACACAGUCUUCCCCUUCCAAAGCAACUGAGCGUUCAAUGCAGUCUCCUCAGAACACUGCUCCAGGAUUGCCAACACAGCAGGUCAAGAAACCAGGUCGAACUAAAUCAUCUGGAAAUACUUCAGCUUCCAAGAAGGGUAGUUCUGUUAAAAAUCCCACACCAAAGAAAAAAGGUGUAAACUCAGGAAAAAAGGAAAAAAUCAUUCCUGUGUUGUGUUCUACAUCUUCAACUUCUUUAAAUACGCUGAUCAGAGAGAGUGCCAAUUCAUGUGAUAGGGAUGCUGCUCCUAGAAUGUCUAAAAUAGUGAUGUCUACAGUCUGUGUCUAUAUAAACAAACAUGGAAACUUUGGCCCUCACCUGGAUCCCAAGAAAAUCCAGCAGCUGCCUGACCACUUUGGUCCAGGCCCCGUGAAUGUGGUGCUGCGGCGAACUGUGCAGGCCUGUGUGGAUUGUGCCAUUCAAUCUAAGACUGUUUUUGGAUUCCUGAAGCCAGAUAAUCGUGGAGGAGAAGUGAUAACUGCCUCCUUUGAUGGGGAAACUCAUUCCAUCCAGCUCCCUCCAGUGAACAGUGCAUCAUUUGCUCUUCGCUUUCUUGAGACUUUAUGCCACAGCAUGGAGUGUGAUAACCUUUUGAGUAGCCAGCCUUUCAGCUCUUACAAGGGUAAUAAUACUAAUAGCCCUGCAGAAAAAGAUCAAAAUACAUCAGUACAAGAAGAUAUAACAGGCAAGAAAAACAUCAGACGAUCUCCUCAGCAACCUAUACCUUAUGUUGUUCCUGUCUCUCCUAAGCGCCCCAAAACAAAGAUACCUGCCUCUAAAGAAGAGUCAUUGUCUCCUAAGGGAAAUGACAUGUCCAGAGAGAAAGAGCUUCCUGAAGAUUCAAUGGACACCUCACUAAAUUCAGGAAAUUCUUUGAAUUCUGCCUGUGGAAAUUCUAUGCAUACUAAUACUUCAGUCUCCCAGACGUUGUCUGGAAAUGUGCCAGACAUCUCAAGUUCACAACCAUUUGAGAACAAAUCAUCUGCCAAAAACAAUUCCCAGGAAACUAAAUUCCACAUUCAGAGGAAAGGUGAAGGUUAUAUAGCUGUUCCUGACCCCGUUGUCCUGAAACAAGGCUUCUUUAAGGACCCUUCAACCUGGUCUGUGGAUGAAGUGAUACAGUUUAUGAAAAAUACAGAUCCUCAGAUAUCAGGCCCCAUCAUUGACCUCUUCAGGCAACAUGAAAUUGAUGGGAAGGCUCUGCUGCUCCUCAAGAGUGAAGUGAUGAUGAAGUACAUGGGGCUGAAGCUGGGGCCGGCGUUAAAGCUGUGUUACUACAUCGAAAAACUGAGAGAAGGGAGAUACAGUGGAAACAAUGCUUAAGUUCACAGUUGAGAUCAUUCUCAGGAGUGCUGAUGUUUUAAUUUCAAAAAGUUUUUCUUCUCUUAGCUUUUGUUUCAUAGAAGUUUCCUAUAAAAGUGUUUUAUCAGAAUUACAGAACUAGGUUAAUAGUCCAGUUUAAGAUGGACUUCUUACUGCUUUAAGAGCCAUUUAACAUGUUAGGAUUAACAUAUUCAAAUUGGCAGUUUGUAUUUUGCCUUUUUAUUAUUUUCAUUGUACAAGUAUACUUCAUGCAGUAAACAGGGAAAAACUUUUGAUUUUGAUAAAUAUGUCUAGAACCAAAACAGCUAAAUCCCAAAGGGGAAAAUAUCAGGGAUUGGCAACUUCUGUAAUUAAAAUCCGUGAGAAUUUUUCCUUAGAAGAAAAUUUAAAGGUGUACCUGCAGAUAUCAUCUCUUUCUCAGAUGUUUUAUCUACCUGAUUCUGCAGUAUUCUGUUCAUGUUCUACCAGUUUCUAGAAAGGGAAUAGCCAUAUAAAUUAUUUCCCUUUCUGUUAUCAUUUCUCUGUAUGUUAUAUUUGUUCAUAUAUAAAGGAAAAAAGUAAGCUUAUAAACUUCCAUAGUGUUCUUACCAGGUUUUGAUCCAUUUUUAAAAUUAUACCAUAGGCAGAAUGAUCAUUUUAUGUAGGAGGUAUUUAUACUACAGAGGUGGUUUGGAUGGAGUAUGAUUACAUUCUUUUCAAUAAAAUAGUUAUUAUUUUAAAACUUUCCAUAUUUUUGCUAUGCUAGGACAUCUAACAAAGCAUUCAUUUUUCACAUUUCUAUGUGAAGAUACCUGUGUCCAAAUUUAUAAAAGAUAUAUAUUUUAUUGUAUGUGUUUAUUCCUCAUACAGAUACUUUACAAUAUUUAUAUAUUAUUCUAUACUUGUAGGAAUACACGUAAGUAAAUCUUUUCUUUUUGAGCUUAAUAUGGCACUUUGCACUGCCACAGAGGUGAUGAUGAACUAUGUAAAUAGUUAGAUGUUUUUAUUCCGUAAAAAAUAUGUGCAUUGUUUGCGAUCACCAGUACCUCUCAACUUACUCUUCAGGGGAUAAGAAACAAUCUGUAGAUUGGUUUCCAUACAGGGAAGUUCUCUGUCCUAUGCAAUGUUUCUGUUUCAUCUGCUUAGUUCUGAGCCAUUUAUUCUGCUACAUUUUGGAAGAUAACAUUAGUUCUGACUUACUGUCUUGGCUUUAUUUUUUAAUUUAGAACUUUCAAGGGGAAAUGGUGCUAUAUGUUUAUUGUUAUUACUUUGCAUAACGUUGGUGUUAUGUUUAUAAGCUACAAGAACCAGUUAUAAAAGUAUUAGCCAUUUGUCGUAAAUGCCAAUAAUACUUUCACCAGGGGCAAGAAUGUGCAUUUUCUUUUUAGAAAACCAAAUAUAUGUUAGACCUAAGUGCAACUAUUUAAAGGAUCAUUUCACCUGUUAUUCCUUCUAUGUUAUACAACUAGAUUCUUACUUAAACUUGGUCUUCUUUCAAACUCUUUUGUAUGAAGAUGCUGUGCCCAAUUGAACAGUCCUCAGGUGUUUGUAUAAAUACUAUGUUUUACAGUUUUCAGAUUUUAAAAUAUAAUAAAGUUAAAU